GGUUGGGCGAUCAUUUGCUAUGGUGCCACAUUGAAGCGUCUUGGUGGAGUUCGUUGCCAUGUUUUCAAGGCCGUUUAGGAUGUAGUACAUAGUGCAGUUGAAGCUGUGGAGGGUCAAUGAAUCCGCUGCUGAUGAAACAUGGCAUCAGUGGCGAGAAGUCAAUGCAUAUGCGUCUAACAUGUCAACAAAGACCCUGACAUCCAUGGGGAUACUCCAAGGCAUCGGAAGAUUAGCUGAAAUGUUCAGCUUUCACAAGCCAAAAGUAUAUAGGUCUUCCACGGGCUGCUGCAUAUGUAGGGCAAAAUCCAGCAGCUCGAGGUUUACAGACAGCAAGAAAUAUGAAGAUGACUUCAUGGAUUGUUUUCAGCUCCAUGAGCGUCGCUCAGGUGAAAUUUGCAACGCCUGUGUGUUAUUGGUGAAGAGGUGGAAGAAGCUGCCUGCUGGCAGUGAACGUAAUUGGCGUCAUGUUGUGGAUGCCCGUGCUGGUCCAGGGACCAAAUCUCUAACAAAAUUCAAGUCCAAAAACAAAAAGAAAUUGAAACUGAAACCAGAAAGUAUGCAGAAGGUUGAGAAAUUCAUCAAGAAGAAGCAUAUAUAUAUGAAGAAUGAUCGGUCAGGCCGUGAAGAGAGUCCAGGAGCUGUUAGUGAUGAAAUCACAGGUGAAGACUUCAUGUCUGAUAUGAGUGGAAUGAGCAUGCCGUCCAGCCUGGCUCCCAGUCCUACACCUAGUGACGAUUCUGCUGCUCUCCCUUCAGUCAAGCACCGCAAUAAAUCAGUAUCUCCCCACCAUUCUGAGAAGGGCACAAAAAGGCGGCUUUCAACACCAGCCAUUAGUAGUUUCCUAGAUAUGACCUUCUGGAAGAGGGAAAAGGUUUGCUGUGGCAUAAUAUUCAAAGGACCUUAUGGUGCAGUAAUAGUAGAUCCUCGGUUCCUGAAACCUUGUCGUGGAUGUAAGAAUCAGCAGCAAGAGAAGGCAGCCCUUAUGUCUUCUGGUAUGGGCAACAGUUCUGGUGACAGUACUGCAAGUGGACGUGAGAACAGGAGCAGUGAUAUGAAAGGUAUCAAGUUAGCAAAAUCGUACAGUGACUCCUCCUCAGACUCUGGUUAUGAUGAAUCUUCAAAUCAGGGCGUAGGAGAAGGUGGUCACCACAGGUCCAACGCCACAGGCAGGAAGAGUGUUGGUCAAGAAGAGGCUACUGCAGCUUCCAAUCCUCUGGCAGAAUUUGCAAUGCAUGCUGCAAGUCGGUGCCAACAAGAAGUUGGGGAACAACCUAAUUAACGAAAGUUCACACAUAGAAUUAUCGUAAUUUAUUACUUCAUUAAUGACUUAUGUAUUUGUGUAAUCCUCAGAACUGCUGUUCCAGAUGCCAAUCAGUCAGUGUUGGGUCCAAAACAAAGGCAUGUUUUUCUUUUGCCUGUCCUCAUUUCAUGAUAAGUAUGGGAUUUUUUAUGAUUCAUGUAUUCUUUACAUGGAAUUAAAAACUGUUGGAGAAGCAAUAA